UUAAACUUUGUUUCCAUUAAUUUGUCAGUCCGACAUGUCCUUUGCUCCUUUGAAAGCAGCACUUGGUUUUUCUUAUAAGAAAAUUAUGUUUGAUCAUUUCCUUACAGCCGUCAAUUAACCUUCCCUUUCACCUUAAUUGUUUUAUUUCUUUAUACUUUAACAUUUCCAAUCAAAUGGCAAAUUAUGUUUCAUCCUCAUCUCAUUCUCAUUCGCUUUCUUGUUCUGACUUUGAAGAUACUUCCUUUUGGAAUGAACUAAAUCUACCUUCUCUUUUGCAGAUUGAGAAUGAGUUGUACACACUACUAGAACCAUCUGUUGAAGGUGAACAAGUUAUUGACGCUGAGCCGGUCGCCCAAGUUGUUCCACCUGUUUUACCUAAACCUUUGGAAGAGGUUGCAGUCGAGGAAAAAAAAAACACUCCGGUGAAGAAAACCUUGUGUGAUUCAAGAACGAUCACUAAGGAAAUGAUCUCAAGUUAUUUCCAUCUUCCGAUUAGUGAAGCAGCGGUACAAUUAAAGGUAAAACUUUACACCAAAUUCAACAAAGUUGUUGCUCCGCCGAACAAUUAGAUUUCGACU